CAACCUUUUGCCUUAUUGUAAAUGAACCGAGAGAGACAAUUCCACAAACACAAGCGCGACAACGCAUCCUUGAGCCGACCUUCCCACUCGCUCGUUCGCUCGCUGCGUCCGCUCUCUUCCUUCCCCAAUCCUCAACAAACCCUUUCGUCGCUACUCCCAUCGGCUGCCGGAGAAGGGAAGAAGAGGUAGCGUGUGUGGAAGGAGGAAGGCUUCAACGGGACACAAGAAGAAGUAGAAGAAAGAGGAAGAGAAAGAGAGGGGAGAGGGCAUGAUGGCGUCGUCGGGUGCCGAGGUGGUGGCGGCGGGAGAUGGGCCGGUGCUGAGCCUGAUGAGCAAGCGCCUCCGAGCCCUGCGGAAGAAAUACAACCGCAUCCUCCAGAUGGAGGAGAGCCUCGCCCAGGGCAAGCCCCUCAACAAGGAGCAGGAGGAGGUACUCCGCUCCAAGCCUGCCAUCGCCAUCCUCAUCGACGAGUAUGAGAAGCUCCGCCAGCCCCUCGCCGUCGCCCUUCAGGAGGAGCUUGCCCGCACCGCCGCCUCCCCUCCUCCUUCCUUUCCUCCCCCCGCCGUCCAAGAAGAAACCCAUGUCCCCGCUGCUGCCUCGGCCGUCAAGGAGGAGCCCGAUCUGGCUGUUAGGGACAUCUUGACGUUGCUAUAUUUCGGGUGCCUAUUUGAUGUCAAGCCGCAGAGCGAGUUCGCGGCCACGAUGUUGACGAGGACCCACGAGCGUGGCUGCUGCUUGACCUACGACUACGUGACGGACGACGCCAUUGAGCUGCUGGGGGAAAGGGACCUCGACGCGAUCUCGGCGCUCGGCUCGCUUGUCACCUCCCGGCCGGUCUAUUCGGGGGUCUCGCACAAGAACGCGCUUGAGGCCUGCCUCCAGCAUGCGAAGCAUUGGUUGUCAAGUGCUGAUCAGCCUCUCCUUACGGGGACCUCUAUCACUUAUGCUGAGUUGAGGGAGAAGCUGAACAAGAUUUUGGCUUCGGAUUAUUUCACCACUACACCGGAGAUGAAGGCUCCUGGGGAUGUGGCUGCGGCAGUGGGAAAGUAUGGUGUUGCUUGUCAAGUUCCGAUCAGUGAAUCUAUGGUGGUGCCAUCACCAGUGGUUCAAACAGAAGGCGCCCCCACUCCAGCUCCAGUCAGUUGUCAACAAAAGGUGGAUGAGCAGCAAAACCAAAUGGAGGAAGUUCAUCCUGAUCGUCUUGUUAUUGAUGAACCUCUGAAGAUGGAUGAACCAGACAUGGUAAGCUCCCUGGACGCCGCCUUUGAUCAACAGGAGCAGCAAAAACAAGAAGCAGAUGUGGAGGACCAAAACCAGAGGGACACAGAGCAAAAGGAACAACAAUAUAUUUCCCGAUCCUACCGCAAUCAGAGAGGCGACAUCCAUGGUGGUGACAGAGGCAGCGGUGGCCGGAGGGGUUAUUCAAACGGUAGUGGCGGCAGAGGUGAUUACCAGAAUGGACAGGGUCAGGGUCAGUACUAUGACUCUGGCUUUUAUCCUAAAAACUAUUAUAACACAAAUGCCUAAAUUAUAGACCCAUCUUUUUUGGCGAGUCUUUUGAAGUAGUAACUAUUUUGCUCGAAGGGCACUGUUAUAUUUGAUAACUAGCAUCAUGACACGUUCUUUACUUUAAACUACUCUAUUAUAUCUGUGUUUUUAAAA